UUCGUUAGAUAUUCGAUUAUCCGCAUAAUUUUAUGGUUUAUCCUAUUUGGUUGACACAAUGUAGAUUCUGGUUUAGCUGGCGGCUGGAUGUCUGGUCUUAAAAAUUCCUCAACUCUACGAACAGGAACAAAUCUCCUAAUAGUUGCUGGAUAUUUUAUCACUGACAAUUUGUUCAUAAUGAGAAAUGACUCGUAUUUUACGUAUUUAUAUACGUAAAAGUAAUCAAAAGGGGUUUUACAAUACAAAUUUCUACCUGCCUGACCAGAAUUUUCCACAGAAUAUAUGCUCAGGUGCCUCUUGCGUGACUUCGUUACUUUGUUUCCCAUUCGCGAGUUCAACUACCGAUGGUGUCGCUGCAAAACGUCAAAUUACUCGUCGAGUGACAGUUCAAACUUCCCAGACUUCAUUAUUUAUCGGGAUUAAUGACAUCUAUAGCAAAAUUUGCACACUUUUCGAGCUGUUUCUAUAUACUUCUCUAAAAUCUUGCAAAAGUUGAUUAGAACGAAACAAAAUUGCACUGUGACACUGUUUUGUGUCAAAUUGACGACUCAAACUAAUUAGUUUGGGCUUUUUGAACUCGCGAAUGUCAGUGCACGCCAACAAUGCCCUUGAUGUAUGACAUGAGAAUUUGGUUCUGUCACUAAAUAGCAAAAAAGGAACUGCUCCAAAAACGGAUGUUCUGAGCUUGCAAAUGCAUUUGACUUGCUCAGGUUUUAGAUGACGGGCUGCGGAAGAACAGCCACGAACGAACUUCUCAAUUAAGGUACCUUUUAAGUAAGUUAACAGUCGCCGCCUACGUGGGCUGGCUAUCUCAAAACAAUGAACAAUGUUUGACCCAUAAAUAGCCCCACACAUACAACGCAAGGUUACAAUGCACUAUUAGAGGCAUAUAGGUAGGUGCACAAAAUCAGCACAUUCUUGUGGAAUGUGCGUGUUUACCGUACUGAAAAACCAAAUCCCCUAAUCGGUUAAGCCAGUCAAUUAGGAUGUGUUUUACCUGUAAAUCAACAGGUAACCGUUGUUUGCCGGUUGGAUUUGGCAACUGAAAAAUUGGAAAAAUUUGAUGUAUUACGCUCAAGGCUAGAUGUCACAUGUUGGGCAAUGUGUUUAUCUCGAAAGAAUGGAGUAUAUCCCGAUAGUAUGUCGGGGGCACAACUGGCAGUCGGCUCAACAGUGCGUCUGACUUUGUCCAGGAUGGCAUCGACGCCAGUGGGUGGCGCCACCCAAAACAUGACCAUUGGGGAGUUCUUGGGCAACUUAACUCAGCAGCACCGUCGUUUGGAGCGAACCCAGUCGGCACCUGCUCCAGGAAUAGCAUCACCACAGGCCGCCCUCACCGCCACCACCGUAAAUACCUCACGUUACAAAACCGAGUUAUGUCGACCAUUUGAGGAGUUUGGAGUGUGUAAGUACGGCGACAAAUGCCAAUUCGCACAUGGACUAGCGGAACUGCGUAGUCUGGCCAGACAUCCCAAAUACAAGACCGAACUGUGUCGAACCUACCACACGGUCGGCUUCUGUCCCUAUGGGCCAAGAUGUCAUUUUGUUCACAACCAGGAUGAAGUGGUGUCCAAGUCAACGACACCCGCCGUGGCUGCAAUUGCCACCCAGAGAUUGCGUCCCGCUGCGCUGAGUCCCGCACUUUCUGUGGAUAGUGCGAGCCCCCCUUGUAGUUUGAGCCAGUCGCCGACUUCUUCAAUGGGUUCGUUCUUCAGCAGCGAUCCCGAACUGAAUUCACCCGGGCCAGUGGACGAUCAGCGUCUUCCCGUUUUUAACAGGUUGUCCACCUCCCAACUACUAACGCUCAAAGACCUCAUGCUACAUUAGUGUGCUCCAGGUUUCCGCCAUAUAUCGACGCUGAACUAGUGGCCGCAAACCCUCUACUCAAGACAUUUAAUUUAAUUCACUAUCAUAUAUUUUAUAAAACCGAUAAUUCCCUCACGGAGGCGGAGUGAUUUUGAUACUGUGUGAUUUUAAAAUAUAAAUUUAUUAUAGUUAGAAGCGUGUUUUAUACGAAUGUUGAUUUGUUGUGGAUGUAAUGUGCAAACUAGGUUUAGUUUCGGUCAUCGGUCUUGAUUUCUUAACAUUCCGUGAUUGAACUUUAUUUAUUAUUUUUAUUUUCAUCCUCUCAUUUGUAUUUCUUUUUCCUUGUGUGCCUUGUGGACCGAUGAAAGAAUACGAUUUCUGUUAUUUAAAUCAUUAUUUAAUUUGUGUGUUUCUUACUAUCAAUGCGUUUAUGUUAUGUAGUUAUUUUAUUAUAAUUUAUGUGUAACUUAUUAUUUAUCUUUUUUGCAAAUACUUAGCAUGUAAGAAGACGACUGUGCUCAUUUAUCGGCACACACGAUAGCGGCCUAUACCAGGCGCCCAAUACCUGUGUAAUAUUUAUAUUUUGUAGCUAAUGUAUCUCCGUAUCAUUAUCAAUAAAUUAUAUUUUGUUCUGUAA